CCAGCAAACUGUAUAUGAACGUUUCUCUAUGGAUCCCAAGACGAAGGCUUUUGUUGUUUGUUAUGGAAGGAAACCAAAACCUAUUACGGAGUAUAAAAUAUAACUAUAUUAAUGACAUUUUUGUUAAUAAUAAAUAUUUUGAUCUCAGUCCGAUGAUUCUUGAUAACAGAAAAUUUUUGCUCAAACUGAGUGAUGAAGUUUUUUCUUCUUACAACAAGAAACGGGAUAUACAUGUGCUUUGUCUUUUUAAUUCUACUGAGGCUGAUAUAGAUAAUUACUAUGGGUAUUUUUAUAAGGACGAUUUUGAGGACUUCUCCAAGCUGUCCUCCUUCGUCGCUGACUGUGUGAAGGCCACCAGCAAGAGCACGGAGGCUGUGAAGCUUUCCGCCGUCCCGCAAAUUAAGUACAGAACGAGCAAGAAGAAGUGA